AUGAGAUUAGCAACCUUAAUGCCUGGUUAUUCGCUUCGCGGUACAGACCGACACUUCUUUCUUUUUAUUUAAGCAAAAUUGCGUUAAUUGAUCCUAAAUUUAUCACUAUUGGGCGUAGUUAGUGUUCUCGAAUUAAUUACUUAAGAUCGGACUAUAAAUAAUCGGUUUAUAAGUGCAAAUUGGAGUCAUAUAAAAACAUGACGUCUGAUGUGUUUGUGGCGGGAAAAAUUAUUGCGUGCAAUUUUUGCACUCAUGAUAAAAUUAAAUUAACUUGACACUGUUAAUUGUUUACUUUUUAUAUAUAAACAGCGUUCUUUUCAACAUUUGUGUGCUAUUUCUUGUAAUGCGAUCUUUUGGUUUUUUUAAUUAAGUUAUAAUUAACUUGCAAUAAAGAUUUAAGUUUGAAGCGCAGAGGUGGAAAGAUGAUAUUUGGAAAAUAUUUUCACGAAAUUAGUUUCCAAUAUUUGCACAGCGCAAAUAUUUGGCAGUUAUAUAAUAAACAUCUGCUAUGUUGAUUUGAAACGUUCUUAAUAUUAUUUCGAAUGUAAAGAUACUACAGAAGACUGAUCUUUGAGAAGUGUAAUGUUCCAUAUUUGAUAUCUGUGUUGUAAUAUGCUCUUUGACACUUAAAAAAGAUAAAAAAAAAAGUUACUGUUUCAUACUUCUCGUACGAUUGCAUAAUUGGUGAGUCUCAAUGUUUUCUCAACUAAGGAGAAUGACGCACAACGGACUUUUAGGUUGCUCUACUGUAGCUGGCGGAUCUUAUGAGGAAGCCUUAAAAACCUUGUGUCUUACUAUGCAAAGCAACACUGCGUAUCUGAGAUCUGUAGAAAAUAAAAAUGAUGUGGAGAAAUUAAAGGCAACAGAAAAAUAUUUGUUUCGAGCUGGUAUUACUAUGGAACAACUGGAUAAUUUGUCUGUCAUCCAUGUGUCCGGCACAAAAGGCAAGGGUUCGACAUGCGCAUUCACAGAGAAUAUUUUGCGACACCACGGCUUUAGCACAGGAUUCUUUAGUUCGCCUCACCUAGUUUCAGUACGAGAACGUAUUCGACUAAAUGGUGAACCAAUCAGUCAAUCACACUUUACUCAUUUCUUCUGGAAUGUCUAUAGAAACUUGGAACAAAAGCGAGAAUAUGAAUCUGACAUGCCGACAUUCUUUAUGUUUUUGACGAUCCUUAUGUUUCACGUAUUCUUAGAAGCAAAAGUCGAUGUGGCAAUUGUUGAAGUCGGAAUUGGCGGUGAAUUAGAUAGUACCAAUAUUAUACGGAAUCCGGUCUGUGUCGGUGUGACGAGCUUAGGUCUGGAUCACACCGACUUGCUAGGUAAUACACUUGAGGAGAUUGCUUAUCAGAAGUCAGGGAUUUUCAAACCACACGCUGCAGUCUUUACGGUGCCGCAAUCAGAAUCUGCAAUGCGUGUUCUACAAAAACGCGCCGUUGAAAGACAAUGCAACAGUUUCCAAAUAGUUCCUGUGAUACAGGAGUGCGAGUGGAACGAUGCUUUCUCGUCGAUUAGACCUAACGUCAGUGAUGCACAACGAGAGAAUGCUUCAUUGUCAAUCAACAUGGCAUUUGAGUGGAUAAAAUCACGCAGCAACGGACAGUUGCCCUUUUUUAUAAACAAUAAUAUUACUGAUUUUUGCAGCACUAAGAAUGAUUUACGUCAGAUUAUUUCUUUAAGUAAAGUUACGACAGCGUUAGCAAAUUGCAAGUGGCCGGGUCGCACGCAGAUUCUCAAGACUAGCACGGCUGACUUCUUCGUGGACGGUGCUCAUACUGUUGAAAGUAUGAUUAAUUGUAUAUCGUGGUUCCAAAGAACCAGCCGUAAAGCUUGUAGAAAGAUUCUAAUAUUCAAUACUAGCGGAAAUCGCAAUUCUUUGGAAUUAUUAACACUGUUGAAACCUUUAGACUUUGAUAGAGUUUAUUUUGUUCCAAAUUGUGCCGGGAUUUUUAGCGUGGAAGAUUUGAAUCUAAUAAAUUACGAAAAACUAAUCGAUGAACAGAAGACAAAGUGUAAAAAACAUUGCGAAUUCUGGGGCGAAGACUCAGUGCUGAAAAACAGCGUUGCCGAAGUGCUUUUUGAUAUCAAAAGAUAUGCGUUGUCGCAGAUGGCCAGUGACGACAAAGUAGAAAUACUUGUAACAGGAUCUUUACAUCUGGUUGGCGCGUUGUUCACUGUAUUGGAUCCUGAUUUGACAAUGACUUGUAAGUUUUAAUACAAUAUAUAAUAUAUAUGUUACAUUUUAAUAUAUUAUAUUAUAUAUAUUUAUAAUUUUAUUAGAAA